UUCCCACCCAAGUGUCGUCCAGGUAUCAUUUUCUCCUUGUUGUUCACUGAACCUUAAACAAGGACGAAAUGAUUGAGGUGCACUCUUGGGAAGCCUAAUACACCCCUGAGUGAGGAAGGGCCAGUACACGCAUGUACGCACUUGCGCGUCUCGUAUUUUGGUAUCACUACGCCGCGCGCUCACAACAAUUGCAGAUCGCCGAUCGCCGAAGCUCGACAAUCGACAGUCGUCGAUGGAGUGAUUUAUGGUGUCAGUUGGUGUGUUGUGCAUUGUUAUUGACGAAAGUUCAUUACUCGCUUUCAACCGUCAUACUGACAGGAUACUGUGGUUAUCUGUAGCUCUAGUUUUCUAAGAGUCUUCAAGAAACGACCCAUAAUAUAAAAUGACUCCUUUACAAAAAGCACGGCAGUGUAAGAACACAGGAAAUGUAUAUUUCAAGGAGGGAAAAUAUCAUGAAGCUAUCACUCAAUAUAAUAUAGCAAUCGAUGUUUGUCCGAGAACAAAGGCGAACAUGAAUGACCUCGCGAUUUUUUAUCAAAAUAGAGCGGCUGCGAAUGAGAAAUUGAAAAAAUAUAGUGAUGUAAAGGCAGAUUGUACAAAAGCGUUAGAGUUAAAUCCAAAAUACAUGAAAGCUUUUUUACGUCGAGCACGUGCUUUAGAGCAAUUAGAAGACUUGGAAGCUGCUUUGGACGAUUUGAAUACCGUGCGGAUUUACGAACAUUUUUCUAAUAAAACUACAAAUGCAAUGGCAGAUGAAAUCUUGGAAAAGCUUGUAAAACAAUACGUCCAGGAAAAUUUGGCAAACAUAAAGUUUACAAUGCCAAGUAAGGAGUUUGUCAGAAUGUACAUUUUAUCUUUUCCUAAGGAUCCAGUAUUUUCUAGACUUCAACAUCCAGAAAACAUUCCAGAAUUUCUCAAGAAACCAUUACAAGCUUUAAAAGACAAAAAAUACGAUGAUAUAAUACCGCUGUGCACAGAAGUCAUUCAACGACCCGAAUUUGAUACAUUACCUUCAUCUAGACUAGAGGUGUUAUUGUUGCGAGCUACAUUUUAUACACUCUCGAGCAGCGUCGAUUCUGCAAUCCAAGAUUUUGAACAAAUAUUGAGUAGCAAAGAUGCAUCUAAUGACGUGAAGACAAACAUUUUGAUAAAGAGAGGAAAUUUACACGCGAAACUUGAUAAUUUUGGAAUGGCUUUCAAAGAUUUCGAAUUAGCCAUUAAUAUGAAUCCCAAUUAUAGUGAGAUCUACUAUCACAGAGGAUUGGUAUAUAAGUUUAUGGGUAGAUUGGACGAAACUAAGCACGACUUGGAGAAGACCAUUGAAUGUAAUCCAAACUUCUUCAUGGGAUACAUGCAAAAAUGUUACUUCGAGUAUUAUAUUGUAAAAGGAGUAUACGAUUUUGUUACAGCAGAACUAACGAACAUUCAAUUAAUCAAACUUUUGAGAAACUUUAAGAAAAGCUUCGUUAAAUUCCAAAAUUCUUCUGAAUAUUCAUAUUGUAAUUUAUUAUAUGCUGAGAUUAUGAUGGAAAAUCAACAGUACAAAACGGCUGAUAAUUUUCUUGCUACAGCAAUGGAAAAUGAUCCAGAGAACGCAGUUUUCUGUGUGAUCAGAGCAAUAUUUCAGUUGCAUUGGAAGAAUGAUUUUGAUAAAACUGUGGAGCUUCUAAACAAAGCAUUAGAUUUGGAUGAGAAAUGUGAGAUGGCGUAUGAAGCAUUAGGAUGUAUCGCAGCGCGAAGAGGAAAUUUAGAGGAAGCAGUGAAAUUUUUUGAUAAAGCUUUAAUAUUAUGUCGUACAUCCACGGAAUUGACAGACAUAUAUAACUUGAGAGAGGAUGCAAAAUUACAACUUAAAAUAAAGAAUAGUCCAGACUCCAACAUUCUCCAAUCCUCUACACGAUUCGAAGUCGAAUUCUCAAGUUGUGCAUAUAAAGUGAGAUUGAAACGACAUUAAAAAUAAAAGACCAUUAUCGGUAAAGUACAAGAACGAAAUUUUAUGUUAGUAUUUCAAUCUUGGAUACGAUAUAAUAGUUGCAUUAUUGUAACUGCAUUAUUUUAUAUUGAAAGAUUUAAGUUUGUAAUAACAGUUUAUUUUGAACUGCGUUUGAUCUAUGAACUACAAAAAAUGUUAAUGAUAUAAUAUACAAGUUAUUUUAACAAGUUAUAGAUUGAUCAAAGCUUUAAGUUUUAACAACAGAAAUUACUGAACGA